AUGUGUGGGGCAGAUGAGCAUCAGGAGAACAGAGACUCUGACAUUGGGAUGAACACUGCGCCUGGCCACAGAAAGGCGGGCAAAACCUGCAGUCUGAAUAUGCCAGCUCCAAUGUCUGUGGAGAUGAAAGAGCUGCCGGCCCUCAAGUUUCACAGAGAUACGCAGCUGAAUUCCAUUUUCCGGAGCAACUACUUCCUUUCCAGUAUUGCAGAUGUUAUUUUAAAGAGCCGCUUGCAGCAACAACUCCGAGUUCCCCAGAACCCGGUGACACUACCAAAGCGUCUUCAAGCAGCUAGGAACCCCGCCCCCGGACGGAGGGCCCGGAGCGCGCCGGUGAGCAGCUCUGACCGGCACCUGGCCCUGUCUCGCGGUGGCGGAGAAGCGCACGGCAUCCUAGGAUCUUCUGGAAGCCGCGGGCGGUUGUCAUGGGGACGUGCGAUUAGGCUCUUAGGGACCCGGAGAGCCUGGUCCCUUCGUGCCCAAGGCGCGGAGGGCGGAACCGGGAUCUGUGCCCUUCCAUUCUGGGAUGCGGAGAGUUUCGGGGCCUCCACCCCUUCACAUCCCGGAGCUAGGCAGACUCUUGGUGAAGGCAUCGUUUUAUUACAGCCUGGAAAACAUGAAUUUCCAUUUCGCUUUCAACUUCCUUCUGAACCUUUGGUGACCUCAUUUACAGGGAAAUACGGAAGGAUUGGGUACUGCGUGAGGGCGGUUCUGGAACGACCCAGGGUACCGGAUCAGAGUGUGACGAGGGAGCUCCAGGUUGUCGGUCACGUCGAUGUCAACACACCGGCGUUGUUGACCCCUGUAUUGAAAACUCAAGAAAAAAUGGUUGGCUGUUGGUUUUUCACUUCUGGUCCAGUCUCGCUGAGUGCCAAAAUUGAAAGAAAGGGAUACUGUAAUGGAGAAGCUAUUCCUAUUUAUGCAGAAAUAGAAAAUUGUUCAUCUCGGCUGAUUGUUCCCAAAGCGGCUAUUUUCCAAACCCAGACGUAUUUGGCUAGCGGAAAAACAAAGACCUUCCGUCACAUGGUUGCUAAUGUGCGAGGAAACCACAUCGCUUCUGGCAGCACCGACAUAUGGAACGGGAAGACUCUAAAAAUUCCGCCUGUCACUCCCUCCAUCCUGGACUGUUGCAUUAUCAGAGUGGACUAUUCCUUAGCUGUAUACAUUCACAUUCCUGGUGCUAAAAAGCUGAUGCUUGAGCUGCCAUUAGUCAUUGGUACAAUUCCCUAUAAUGGCUUUGGCAGCAGAAACUCCAGCAUUGCCAGCCAGUUCAGCAUGGAUAUGAGCUGGCUGACCCUGACCCUGCCAGAACAGCCUGAAGCACCACCAAAUUACGCAGAUGUGGUGUCGGAGGAAGAAUUCUCCAGACACAUUCCUCCUUACCCGCAGCCCCCUGACAGUGAGGGAGGAGCGUGCUACCCUAUGUUUGCCUGCAUACAAGAAUUCCGGUUUCAGCCUCCACCUCUUUACUCAGAGGUUGAUCCACAUCCUAGUGACAUAGAGGAGACCCAACCUGUUUCCUUCAUUCUCUGAGUGAAUAUUUCAGAAAUCACUGUGUUCAUCAAAUUGGAAUGUUGGUUCUUUCCCAUCUGCCUUUUUGGGGGAGAGGGCAGAAAGAUUAAUUUAAAACCAUAAAUGAACAUCAAGAUUGAAGACAAUAGAAAUUAAAGAUUACUAGAACUUUCUAGUGGGCCACGGCAGUGGUUAAGUUUCUGUGAUGGCCACCUGUCACCUUUGGGAACGGGAUGACACUGUGAGCAAAGGCGAAGUGGACGUGCUGGUGAAGGUAGCGUAAGUGAGGAGGCCUGCUGACCAGCGAGGAGGGUUUCUGUGAGUGGAAACCAGAGCAAGGAAGCCUCUGCAAAGGCUUUGCAAAGAGAAGCAAACGUGAAGGCCAAGUGAAGGAUUCACCGGGCAGACGGUUUGAGUGUAGCCACAUAGACAUGUGCGCAGAAGUAGCCUACUCUGAACCCUCAGUGAGACCUGCAGGCUCCAGGGUCUUCAUGACUUCCUGUUCUAUCACCAUAUCAGAGAUCAAGUUCCCGUUCUUGAAAUCAUGGUCACAUAAGGUUCCAGUGUGGUAAUACAGUUUCCAUUCUUUCAGUCUUAGGUUAAAAUGUACUUUCUAAAUAGGCUACACAGUAUUAGGAAACCUGCAAAGGCUUCCUUAAAAAGCGUGCCACUUCAAAUGGGAAAGAUGAAUUUUAUUAUGAAAUUGUGUUUUGUUGAAAGCUAUACCACCUCUAAAUACUUAAACAGGAUAUCUUAAUAUCCCCAUAUCUUCAUUAUCUGAGGGCACAGCAGAAAAAGGAGGAAAGAAAAAGUUACAUCGUUAGGAUGCCUUGAUAACCACACAGUCAAAAAAAGCAUUUUCUUAACCUACCUCUAGUGGGGUUAUCAGAUAGCUUUUCAAAACUUUAGGCCUGGUCAACCAUAUUUGAAGUUUCUGUUAUUUAUAGCAGCAGUCUUAGCUCACCUUGUAUUUAAUCAGAAAUUAAACCAGGGGAAAAAAAUCUAUAAGGUUAGCAUUAAAUGGAAAUAAAUAUAUGUAUACCUAAAGGUA